AAAAGAAGAAAACAACCAAACCCCACAUGGCCUUCCUUACAAGACAUCCAAAGCACAUUCUCAGCACCAACUACACAAACACUACAAUUCAAUACUAGUAGAGCACCAAGCACACUUCAAUUCAAUUCAAUUCAAUUCAAUUCAAUUCAAUUCAAUCUUUCUCUCUCUCUCUCUAGAAACCUCUUUACUUCUUGAUCCAACCUUGGAAUCUCCAAACAAUAACAAAAGCAAAACCAGCUAUGCCAGAAAUGGAUCCCAACAAACCCCCUCAGAUCUCCGAAAUGUUCCAGAAAUUCGCCCUCGCUUUCAAAACCAAAACCUUCGAAUUCUUCUCCGACGAAACCCCCGACGACGCCGACGGCUUCUCCCUCCUCCUCGACUCCGCCGAAGAGAUCAUCACCGACCAGAAAGUCGUCGUCAUCAAACCCGACCCGAACCCAUCCCACUCACCGGAACCGCCACAAUCCCCGAUCACCGACUCGCCUCAAACGACACCGUCGCCGCCGCAAUCCCCGGAGACCAAAACCACGCCGCCGCAAUCCCCACCACCGCCACCGCCUUUGACCGAGACCAAAGUGACGCCGCCUCAGCCGCGGUUAACUCCAGCGCAAAUCAGAGAAACCACGCACGCUCUCGUCUCUUCGAUUUUCGCGGCGGUGUCGGCGUUCGAGGCUUCCUACUUCCAAUUACAGAGCGCGCACGUUCCGUUCGUGGAGGAGAACGUGAAGAGCGCCGACAGGGUUCUCGUUUCGCACCUCCAGAGGCUCUCAGAGUUGAAGAAAUUCUACUGCGACCCUCAAUCUUACAGCAAUUUCCCUUUCGGGUCCUCGCUCGAGGCUCAGGUGGAGGAGAAUCAGAGCAAGCUGAGGACUCUUGGAACCAUCUCCAACCGCUUGCAAUCGGAGCUGGAGCACAAGCAUGAUGAGGUGUUUGCUCUGAAGAGAAAGCUCGACGCGAUUCAUAAGGGUAAUUUCAACUUGUCUAGUAAACUUUGUGCUGCUACUACUACUACUACUACUGCUAGUUUGGACCCUCGUUGUGAUGUUUUGUUGACCCUUAGGGUGUUCGUAUCAUUGUUGCAUGAUGCUUCUAGAGCAACUCAUAAGUUCACCAAGAUUUUGAUUGGUUUGAUGAGGAAAGCAGGGUGGGAUUUGGGUUUAGCGGCGAAUGCGGUUUACUCGGGUGUUGAGUAUGCUAAAAAGGGGCACAAUCAGUAUGCACUCUUGUCCUAUGUUUGUUUGGAGAUGUUUCAAGGUUUUGAUUCGCCGCGUUUUGGUGUGAAUUCGAAUAAUGGGGAGUCGGAAGAGGAAAAAGAAGAAGAAGACGGUGGGAAGAGAAACGGUUGUUUGAAGCAAUUGCUGGAGCAUGUGUCUAGUAAUCCCAUGGAAUUGCUGGAAAUUCAUCCGGGCUGUGAGUUUUCGAGGUUUUGCGAGCAGAAGUACGAGAGGCUCAUCCACCCUUCGAUGGAGUCAUCCAUUUUUGUUGAUUUGGAUCAAAAUGAAGCGGUGCUGAACUCGUGGCGGUCGUUGAACAUGUUCUAUGAGGCGUUUGUUGGAAUGGCUAGCUCUGUAUGGACACUGCAUAAACUUUCCCGUGCAUUUGAUCCCGCAGUUGAGAUUUUCCAAGUGGAAAGAGGUGUGGAGUUCUCCAUGAUUUACAUGGAAGAUGUGACAAGAAGGUUAACCUGGCCAAACAAGGGGAGGGCAAAAGUUGGGUUCACUGUUGUUCCAGGUUUCAAAUUUGGCAGGAUAGUUAUUCAAUCACAGGUUUUUAUAAGUAAUUUCAGGUGUACAGACUCUUCGGAAGCUCGUUAGUUUUCCAAUAUAAUGAGAAGUUAUUCUGAAAGAAGCUAUUAAGAGUAGCUUUUGUGGGGAGAGAACUGAUUCUAGAAUGAUUAACUGUGGGUCCAUUGUAGUCUAUUUGCUAGAUUUUAUUUCAAGAUGCCUGGUACUACUGGAUUCCUGAUUGUGAAAGACAAUACCAACGUUGCCAACUUGCCAUGUGUGCCUGAAGAUGUUUGCUCUUCACUCCAUGAUGCUGAAGUGGGAGCAAUGGUGGUGGUUCGAGUUGUUCUAUGUGAAGAUGGAUAGUGUUCUUCAGCUGGUAUUUGAUUUUCUUUUCAGUUAAUUUUUUCCUCCCAGUUUUGCGGUUAUGUUUUUUUGUAGGUCAGCUGCGUAGAGUUAACUGUACAGAACAUUCUUCCUAUUCUGGGAACUCUAACAAAAAAUACAGCAGUAAAUUGUGUAUGUAUAAUGUAUCACUUUUAAGUUAUAUAUAACAAAUAAAAAUCGUUUUCUCAAAA